CUCUUUGGAAACGGACUGCAGUGCUUGGACCCACAGGGUAGACAGCGCUUGAACGGUCUGGUCUCCGGAAACGUGAAUGGCGUGUCCUUCCAAGGUGCCAAUCUGCACUCCUUCAUCAACCUGAACGAAGCCCGGACCUACACCGCCGUCAGCCCCUUGUCUCCCUUGAUCAGCUACUCCCUGCAGGCUGUCACCCCGGCCGCUGAAGUCAUGGCCUGGCUCUUUGCCUUACCCAGCGGCAAGGGAUAUAACGGAUUUAUGCUCACAGGCGGUAAAUUCAGGCAGACGUUGAACAUAACUUUCAGCACCGGAGAGCAGAUGCUCAUCACCCAAGAUUUCCAAGGUGUCGAUGAGAAUGGUUACAUCCGAGUCAUAGCCGAUUGGAACGGCAACAUACCGGAGAUUACGCCAUCUGACUAUGUCUUCGUGGACGACCACAAGGAGGAGUAUGUGCGACAUCGACUUGGUGUGAUCCACACGUUUGCCAAGCGAUCCCUGCAAGUCAACGACGACACCAUCUCCUACACCAUGGACCAAACCAUCGAGUACGACGAGUGUUCAGCUGACGAGGCCGACACGGAGUACAUUCUCAACUUCAUGCGGGUCAGCAUGACGGAGACCUACCUGAUCUAUGAGGCUAGUGAAGAGAUCCUACGCUUCUCCAUGAUCGGAAAGGUCACGCCUGCUUCAGAACAAAUUGACGACCCUUGCGUCAGCAACAACUGUGACCGUAAUGCCCAGUGCCUGCCCGCUGGAGAUUCAGGGUUCCGGUGUAAAUGCAAUGAAGGAUAUGAGGGAAACGGCCAAACGUGCACAGGAAGCAAUCCAUGUGCUCAGAACAGCUGUGAUGUCAACGGUUACUGCAUACCCCAGGCAGACCGCUACACUUGCGCCUGCAAUGCCGGGUACCAGGGAGACGGCUACACCUGCAGUGUUGACCGUUGUGCCAGUAGCCGAUGCGACCCCAACGCUCGGUGUGUGGAAACCACGCAGGGAUACGAGUGCUACUGCAACGCGGGAUUCACCGGGGACGGAUUCAGAUGUCAAGUGUCAAAUCCAUGCGAUAACAAUGCAUGCGAUGCUAAUGCGUACUGUGUACCAACUCAGUCGGGAUACCAGUGCUAUUGUAAUGACGGAUACUCGGGCGACGGUUACAACUGUCAGGUGUCAAAUCCUUGCGAUAACAAUGCAUGCGAUGCUAAUGCAUACUGUGUACCAACUCAGGCGGGAUACCAGUGCUAUUGUAAUGACGGAUACACGGGCAACGGUUACAACUGCCAGGUGUCAAAUCCAUGCGAUAACAAUGCAUGCGAUGCUAAUGCAUACUGUGUACCAACUCAGGCAGGAUACCAGUGCUAUUGUAAUGACGGAUACACGGGCAACGGUUACAACUGUCAGGAAAGCGUUGUUAACCCAUGCGAUAACAAUGCAUGUGAUGUGAACGCUCGCUGCGUACCCUCCCCGUCAGGCACUUACCAAUGUUUCUGUAACCAGGGUUAUGUUGGGAAUGGCGUCAAUUGUAGAGAGGAAGAAAGUGACCAUUGCGCCAACAACAAUUGUGACCCCAAUGCCCGGUGUGUGUCGGCCGUCUUCGGUUACCAGUGUUUCUGCGACCCCGGGUACCGAGGGGAUGGAUACACAUGUCAAGCUAAUAAUGCCACCGACCCCUGUGCUAAUCAUACCUGCGAUACGAAUGCCCGUUGUGUAGCCUCCGCUCAAGACACUUAUGAAUGCUACUGCUUUGAAGGCUACACUGGUGAUGGCUUUACUUGCGAGGUCGAUCCCGCAAAUCCAUGUGCAAGUAAUACAUGUGAUGCGAAUGCUCGUUGUGUAGCCUCCGCUCAAGACGCUUAUGAAUGCUCCUGCCUUGAAGGCUACACUGGUGAUGGCUUUACAUGCGAGGUUAAUCCCGCAAAUCCAUGUGCCAUUAAUACCUGUGAUGCAAAUGCCCGUUGUGUAGCCUCUGCUCAAGACGCUUAUGAAUGCUCCUGCCUUGAAGGCUACACUGGUGAUGGCUUUACAUGCGAGGUCAAUCCUACAAAUCCAUGUGCCAUUAAUACCUGUGAUGCGAAUGCUCGUUGUGUAGCCUCUGCUCAAGACGCUUAUGAAUGCUCCUGCCUUGAAGGCUACACUGGUGAUGGCUUUACAUGCGAGGUCAAUCCCGCAAAUCCAUGUGCCAUUAAUACCUGUGAUGUGAAUGCUCGUUGUGUAGCCACCGCUCAAGACGCUUAUGAAUGCUCCUGCCUUGAAGGCUACACUGGUGAUGGCUUUACAUGCGAGGUUGCAGUCGAUCCCGCAAAUCCAUGUGCCAUUAAUACCUGUGAUGCAAAUGCUCGUUGUGUAGCCUCCGCUCAAGACGCUUAUGAAUGCUCCUGCCUUGAAGGCUACACUGGUGAUGGCUUUACAUGCAACGCCACAGACCCCUGUGCCAGUAAUGUCUGUGACCCGAAUGCCCGUUGUGUAGCCUUCUCUCCAGCCAUUUAUGAAUGCUCCUGCCUUGAAGGCUACACUGGUGAUGGCCUUACAUGCGAGGCUAAUACCACCGACCCCUGCGUUAACAAUGCCUGUGAUAUGAAUGCUCGUUGUGUAGCCUCUGCUCAAGACGCUUAUGAAUGCUCCUGCCUUGAAGGCUACUCCGGUGAUGGCUUUACAUGCAUGGCUAAUACCACCGACCCCUGCGUUAACAAUGCCUGUGAUACGAACGCUCGUUGUGUAGCCUCCGCUCAAGACGCUUAUGAAUGCUACUGCUUUGAAGGCUACACUGGUGAUGGCUUUACAUGCGAGGCCGAGCAGAUAAAUUUCUGUGCCAACAACAACUGUGAUCGAAAUGCCCGGUGUGUACCAACUCAGACGGGAUACCAGUGCUUUUGUAACCAAGGCUACGAAGGAGACGGCUACUCUUGCCGAGCCACGCAAAUCGACAGAUGUGCCAACAAUGCGUGCGAUGUCAACGCCUAUUGUGUGUCUACAGCCAGCGCAUACAAUUGCUACUGCAACGAUGGUUUCAGCGGUGACGGUUUUGUCUGUCGAGAAAUUGUCGAUCCCUGUGCCAAUAACAACUGUGAUGUCAACGCCCGCUGUGUACCGUCUCAGUCGGGGUACCAGUGCUACUGCAACCAGGGAUUCAACGGGGAUGGGUUCACAUGUCAAGCCGUGUCUGUGGACCUGUGCUAUAACAACCGCUGUGACUUCAACGCGGAGUGUUCGCCGGCACAAGAUGGCGGUUAUUCCUGUACUUGUAACCAGGGCUAUGAAGGCGACGGCUUCACCUGUAGAAACACACUGGUCAACCUGUGUUCAGCCUGUGACGCCAGUGCCCAGUGCAUACCAGAGGGGCGUGGAUUCAGGUGUGUCUGCAGGUCAGGCUUCCAGGGAAAUGGACUCGUCUGUGAAGAUAUUGACGAGUGUUCCCAGUCUGGUGCCGCGUGUCAUCGAUAUGCUACAUGCUAUAAUGUGCGUGGUAGCUUCUCUUGCUACUGCCAGCCAGGCUAUGAAGGCGACGGGUUCUCCUGUCAAGAGGUCACCCAACCGGAGCUCGACGACGGCGCCCUGAUCUAUGCCCGGGGUAUGGCCGUCAUGCGCGUGCCUCUCAACGCCAACAAACCCGGCAAUAAGAUCGUGUUCCGCUCGGGCCAGACCAUCGUGGGCUUGGGCUACGACUGCCAGGAGGAGUACAUCUACUGGACGGACGUGUCGGGUCGCACCAUCAGCCGGGCCAAGGCAGACGGAUCCAGCACGGAGGUGCUGAUUAGCAGAGGUCUGAGUAGCCCGGAGGGAGUGGCUGUGGAUUGGCUGAGCCGUAACAUGUACUGGACCGACUCGGGCUAUGACCGUAUUGAGGUGGCUAACCUAGACGGCAGCAACCGACGCGUUCUCCUCAAGACAGACAUGAUCAACCCCAGGGCUAUAGCUGUAGACCCCAUCGGCGGCCUUAUGUACUGGACCGACUGGAACCGUGAUGCCCCUAAGAUUGAGCGCGCCAACAUGGACGGCAGUGAGCGCUCAGUGCUGGUAGAUAGCAACCUGGGAUUACCUAACGGUCUCAGCUUGGAUUAUACCACCAGUCAGAUCUGCUGGACCGAUGCAGGCACCAAGAGGAUUGAGUGUAUGAACAUGAAUGGGGAUCCAUUGACACGUUUCACCGUGCUCCCUAACUCCAACUAUCCCUUCAGCAUAGCCUCCUAUGGCUUCAAGCUCUACUGGUCAGACUGGGAAACUAAGAGCAUUCAGACCAUCAGUAAGACCGGCGGUUCAGAGAGCACCGACUUGAAGCUACCCAGGGGAGGUAACGGCCGCAUCUACAGCGUGACAGCCAUCACCUCCUGCCCAAGCACCUCCAAUGCCUGCAGCAGUAACAACGGCGGCUGCAGCAGCCUGUGUCUACCUACUCAGGGAGGCCAACGGUAUUGUGCUUGCCCUACCAACCUGGAGGGCAAUGAGGUGCCAUGUGUGUAAAGAAAAACCGUUCUGCUAUGUCUGUGUGAACUACAACCUAUGGUGCUCACUGCCAAUGACUCGAUACAUAACAGGACUUUUUCAUUGGUCGGAAAAUACCACUGAGCCUUUCUCAUUGGACAAAAAGAUUGGAUUGAAAGUAGACAAGCCACUUCAUUGGUCAUCCCUCCAUACACACGCAAGUAACACUCCUUGUCAUUGGACAGUCAAUAUUUUAAGUGUUAACACUGGCAACCACAUUAGUAAAUAUUUUGUGUUAAUAUGUAGGGAACCUAGAUCAGGUUUUUGCAGAGUCGGGCGAGAGUGUAGAUUUUAAAUUUGAAAACAAAAUGCAUACGGCGUGAUGCUGCACCAUCGUAAGCAUUUUAGUUGUAGCAUAUUAUUUUUUGGACAAUUUACCGUGAAAUAUUCACAUUUUAUUCGAGUGACGUCUUUCUCAGUUUGUGUUUAGGUGUGUACAAGCCAAAUAUAUAGAAGGCACCUCUAACUUUUUCUUUUUUUAAAUUUAUGUUUAUCCUAGACGUAUAACCUUCCAUUUUAGUCUGCCAGUAACUUUCAGUAUAACCACAUUUCUGUGCUUUCUGUGUCUACACUACGUAUUUAUCAUGAAGGUGCUUUACUGUCACAGGACCAAGUCUGUUAAGGCUAGAGUGAAUGGUGCUAGAAAUUGCUAAUUGUCCAGACUGAAACUAACAAAGAAUGGAUCCCAAAUGUAGAAUUGUGUGUACAAAAAGUGGACAUUUUACUUUUUAGCAUGAUGUUCAGGGGCAUCAUUAACCCUAACUCCCUAGGGGGUAUGCAAAAUCAUAUUGAAAUUGAAGGAUUAAAGACUGUUAAGGCUAUCUGUUGAGUGCAGUGCAAUGAAAUUCACCGGUGUGUACAUGGGUCUGAACCAGGGUUGGAUUUUACCUGCGUAGAGCGCCGGAACCAUGUCAAAGCCGUGUUGGAUUCUUGUUAAUGUGAAAGGGGAUUCCGAAAUCUCCGCGGUUGACCCGGAUCCAAUGCGGGGAUUAUAGACAGUGUGAAACGCCCUCUAGAAUGCGAUCAGAGCACUGAGAAAUCCACAAAUGCUCCAUUACGUUAUGGUAUUGCCCUUCAUUGUGGUAUUCCUGUCGAGACACUUUAAAAACAAAAUGCCAGUUUUUUGUUCAAGUUCAAAAUUAGGUGGAUUGUGCAGAAGAGUUACAAAUGUAUUGCCUUUAUUUUUCUUAAUUAACAAACUUUCAGGAGAAAAAAAGGGAGAUUUGUUCAUACUUCUUUCACGUUUCUUUCUGUAAUUAUUUAAUUUGAUUUUGAUUUUUAAAAUUUAUAAUCAUUGUGCCUGUAUAACUUUAAAUUCUUGGCUUAGAUUCUGUUACAGUGGAACGUCGCUAUGCCGAACUUUGCAGUUUUUCACACAUUAGUGGCAUUUACAAACUGCGUGCUGAAAUGGCCAAACUUUCCCAUUCAUCUUUUCAAUUACGAGAGCAGAACUUUACCCUGUAAGCCCUGGUAGUUACUGAAAGACGACUUUGAAUACAUGGCGACCAUUGAAUCAUGUAAUUACAGUAGUUGAGCUUACACAGGUGGCUUUUCCCUUCUAUUCCUGGGGAAGUAAUGGCCAUUUGUCGCUCUUCUGUUGACAUUUUUCAACAACAAUGUUUGGUACGUUUUGUACACAAAAAUUGGGAGCCAAGGAUGAUGUUCGGUAUAGCCGAAUGUUCGGUAUAGCGGUGUUCGGUAUAGCGACGUUCCACUGUACAGACAGUAGGCCUGAUGUGCCCUUAUGUCAGUAAGACACAAAAUAAAUUUUACAAAAGUACAAUUCAAGGAAAAUCACACUGAACUUACUAUUUACUGAAUUUCAUGGAAGAAAGGUGUUCUUUUAUUAAGUUAUUAUUUUGUUCUAAUCAUGAUAUCCCAAGUUGAGCGCUGUACUGGAAAGGAAUACUAUCAAGUCCCUCACGAUUGUGAAAUUUGACCAUUGAAUUUGAACACCAUUAUAAAGGCACUGUAUUCUAUCUGUAUUUUUAUCUAAAGAUUGCAUGUAUUUUACUCGUCAUCCUUUUUUAAAAACUUAUUUAUUUCAGACGGAUCUUUUAAUUGGAUUUUUAGAGUAGCAGAAAUCAGUUUUUAAUAAAUAGUAUCAUGAUAUACGAUUGGAAUACUCUUAGAGACUUUGAUCAUACCUUGAAAUGUGUAAUGACGGUCUUUCCUUAAUAUUGUCAGACUUCACUGGACUAUAAUACAUACACCAGUGACGUAUCUAAAUAAGGAGCGUGUUCUAACAAAUGUUUAUGGUAAAGUAGGUUGUAUUUUUCAGCUUGUAUUUAACGUCAUUAUGUUUAUAAAAUUAUUUCUGUGAACACAAAGUGAACUGACACUAAAUUGUCGCCGAGCAAGGGUGAAAAUUAAAAUGGCAUUUUCCACAACAUG